AGGGUUUGUUUUGUUUUGUUGUCAUUCUGUUAGCGUUGUCACUUCUGUCAUUAUGGAGGUGGACGCAGCCCCUGGUGAUCUCCUCCUCCACCGUCCGUGGGUUCCUGUAAACAUCAGUGGUAGCCAGUUCCUCGUCAAGACCUUGUUCAGGGAUUCCUCGUACCACAUCCUGCUGACAGACAUGAACUGUGUGUGGGAAGAGAGGAUGGACUCUUCUGCUAUCCAGAGGCGUUCACAGGAGCUGAACAAACGUUUGCGAGCUCCAGUCAAAGCCUUCUUUUCUCACCUGUGUGAGGUGGUGCAGCCAUGUCUAUCACAAACCAGCGGUGGCAGCAGUGAGCAGACGGCUGUUGAAGCCGAGCUCUCUCUGCAGCCUCAGGAGGAUGACAGCCUCAUGAUGAGGUUGAAGAGCGAGUUGGCAGGACUGCCCUUCCACUGGAAGUUUCACUGCACCCCCGCACCUGUCACAUUGGUUUGUGAUCAGCUGUUGCGCCCUCUGCUGACCAUGAGCCGCCUACUGCAGCAGCAGGUGGAGCAGCUGGGAGCCUUAAUGGUGAGGAAGGAUGCAGAGAUCCAGGACUACAGGGAGAACGGAGCCGUGCUCAGCAGAGAGCGACUGCAGACGGAUGUUUUUGAGAAGGACACUUACAGACAGGACUUUAUAAAAAAGGUUUGUCCUCUGCUAAGUUCAGAGAAGAACACCCAUCUGGGCUUCAGUCAGCACCUGCAGCAGCUGUAUGGUUCAGUUGUUGCACAAGAAAUUAUUCGUGGACAAAAACGGAAACUAUCUGAAGAGAUGGGUGUGAAGGACGCACCAAGUGCUGCUGAGGAACCUGACCUGACUCCAUCUCUAGAUGCUGGAUCUAUGAACAGCAACAAGGAGGUGGACCGGAACCACGUGGGUCAGACGGAAAAGGCAGGUUCUCCAUCAGCCGUAGUCCAACAGUCUCAGCCCCCCAGGUCUGACCUGGCAGAACGACCGCCGUCCAAACCAAAGAAGAAGAAGGUGGGAAUCUUCAGAUGAGGCUGAGCAGUAGGAGGCGCACACGCACACAUUCAUACAUACACAAUCUUUUUAAGAGGACAAACAUAAAGUAGCAUGAACACUUUGUUUUUUAUCUGAAGGAAUAAUGGUGUGGUUUUAGCUGGUUUUAACUCAACUUGAGUUUUAGAAAAUCGCAUAAAGUCUAAUAAAUCAGAUCAAUUUUUAAAGAAUCCAUAUUUCAAUGCCAUAUGAGAGUGGACUUUUGGUGCCAAUUUUAAAAUAUUAUCUGUUUCUUUUUGUUUUAAAUCUGAUUCAUUGUAAUAUUCUGACUUUGUUGUAUUUUUAUGGAAAUCCAAUGAGCUGCUGAUUAAAGGUUUAGGUGUAACUUUAAA